CAAAACUCGGGUUUAAACUCCCUUUCUUGAAGAGCAAGUAAGCUGCCAACAAACAGUCAAAAAGCAGCUUUCGUAGUAACUUCGUGUCAUUCGUUCGAAGCCUUCCCGAACUCCAAUCCUUCAUCCAAUUCCUUUCCUUUGUACAUAAACAUACCUAGUUUCAUGUUGUGGAAGCCUUUGGUCUUGAAUCAGAUCCAUACUCCUCGAAUCAAGCUCCAAAGUAGGCUUCACAAAACAGUUUCCAGACUUAACCAUUUUCUGGCAGUUUUCCAGUUUUGAGGUAGCAACUUUGUGAUCUUGGAAAACAACCUUAAUGACAUCAUCUGGAUCCACAAAGCAUACCAUUGGAAAGAUGGAAACUUUAUCUACAAUACAAAACCUUAACAUUGAAUUUCCACUAAGCCAAUUGAGAGAACCAUGCCUCCAAAGUAUGUACCCUGAACACGGAUUUUGACUUAGCCAAAUUCUGCCUUUCUUCUUCCCAACUUUGAUAGCUUCUUUGUUAAGUAGUUGUGACGUGAAUUGUGGGCAAUUUAGGAUCAUAUCAAUGAUGCUCCUCAAACUCGAUCUCGCAAAAGCUUAUGAUCGACUUGACUGGGAUUUCCUAGAAGAAACUAUCACCCUGGCUGGCCUCCCUCAUAGCAUUAUUCAGAUAAUCAUGAAGUGUGUCAACACAGUGGAGAUGCAGGUUCUUUGGGAGGGAGGGGAAACAUAGAGCUUCGAACCCAACAGAGGCCUUAGACAGGGAUGCCCUCUUAGCCCUUACCUCUUUACUUUAUGUGUUGAACGACUAGGACACUGCAUAACCAAUGAUGUUAGUGAGAAGAAGUGGAAACCCAUUUGUCUUUCUCCGGGAGGACCACCCCUGUCUCAUUUUUUUUUUUUUUUUGCGGACGAUCUGGUCCUCUUUGCUGAAGCUUCCUUGAGGCAAGCAUAAAUCAUCAACCUCUGUGUGGAAAGAUUCUGUGAUGCCUCAGGCGAGCUUGUGAGCAAGGAAAAAUCCAGAGUCGUGUUCUCUAAGAACACUAGAGAUAGGGAUAGGAGAGAUAUCUGUGGAAAACUUGGAAUCCAAUCGACUCUUGACUUAGGUAGAUACCUAGGGGUGCCUGUUCUGCACGGUAGGAUCACUAGGAACACCCAUAAGUAUCUCAUCGACAAAAUUGAUAAAAAAAUUAACCUCUUGGAAGGCUAAAACCCUCUCUCUUGCAGGAAGAGUUACACUUGUCAUCUCUGUUUUGAACGUCAUUCCCACUUAUGCAGACCACCCUUCUCUCUGCCUCUGUUUGUGACUUAAUUGACAAGAAAAUCUGACAAUUUGUGCUGGGUCAAGGGAUGAUAAAAAGAAAGUGCACUUGAUUUCCUAGGAAAAUGUCUGUAAACCUAAACAACAAGGGGGACUGGGAUUAAGAUUGGCUAGAAGUUUAAACAUGGCUUUCAUGAUUAAACUUGCCUGGCAAAUACUUAACAAUAGCUCUGACCUUUGGGUGCAGGUUAUGCAAGGUAAAUAUUUCAAACACAAAGAUGGACAGAUCGUGGCGAUGAAAAGAAGCAACCACUCGAGCCUUUGGAAAGCAAUCCUGAAAGUCAUGCCUCUCAUGAAGAGUGCCACAAGCUGGAGCAUCAGGAAUGGGAGAACCACCAGCUUCUGGAAUCACCCGUGGCUGGAGCAUGACCUACUCCUUAAAGAUCACCUCUUGCAGGACGCUGCUCUAAGUGAUGAGGACUCAGUGGUGGCGGACUGGACGAACGAUUUGGGAGAUUGGGACUGGCCGAAGCUCCAACAACCCUUUCAGCCUGACAUUUUGGCUCUGAUUGCAGGAACUGAACCUCCCAAAGAGGAUCUAGGGGAGGAUAAAUGCAUCUGGGAACUGGAAAAGGAUGGCAGAUUUCGCUUGAAAUCGGCCUACAAGCUGGCAGCUGACCAACUGGAUGCCACAGAUGAUGACCUCUGGAAAAAUCUCUGAAGGUGGGCGGACCUAGUCGAACCAAACAUUUUCUCUGGUUGGUGAUGCAUGACAGGCUGCUUACUAACAAGGAACUGCUGAAGAGGAAGCUCACCACUGAUGGAACCUGCCGCCAUUGCAAGGACGUUGAAGAAACCACAGAACACAUUGUCAGAAGCUACAGCAAGACGAAGUGCAUUUGGGAAAAGUUCAGAUCCAGAGUCACCUGCAAGGAUGAGACUCUGCCUUUCAAGGCUUGGAUGGCACGCAAACUGAAUAAUGCUGACCUUGGGGUUGAAUUCGGGUUAAUUGUGUGGCAUCUCUGGAAACAGAGAAAUGAGGAAUGUUUGGAUUGAAAAAUUUUGUGGCGAAAGCCCUUGUUUGCAGGAUCGAAGCCUGGUUCAAGAUCUACAAGAUGGCUCAACAGAACGUGGAGAAGAGUUUUGCUCCACCUGUUGAGAGAAGAGCAGAUCGGUUGGAAUCCUCCACCUAAGGGAUGGGUACAAAUCCAGACAGAUGGUUCUGUCCUCUCUCCCUCAGGAAAAGCAGCAGCUGGAGGCCUAAUUCGGGACUACUUGGGAAGAUGCUAUGCGGCCUUCGCCAGCAACCUAGGGAACUGCUCGAUUACUGCAGCAGAGCUUAAAGGAGCAGUGGUGGGUCUUCAGAUGGCCUGGGACAAAGGCUAUCGUAAAGUCCAUCUCAAUCUUGACUCCUCUACUACAGUGUCAAUCAUCAGGAAGUGUUCGGAUGAUGAUCACAGACAUGGCCUUCUUGCGCAACAUGUCUGUAAUGUUUUGAAUCGUGACUGGGAUGUUGUUAUCUCACACGUGUAUAGGGAAGGAAAUAGAGCGGCUGACUAUCUUGCUAGUCUUGGCCAUAGCCUACCUUUUGGAAAACAUCAUGUUGAUGUGUGUAGCCCUGAGGUUUGUAGGUGGUUAGAGCACGAUGUUAUGGAAAUUUCCCAAACACAGUUUAUUAAUAUAUGAUCUGAGACGCU